GAUUGGUUAGAAAGACGUCCGUCACGAAUCAAUUUUUUUUCCCUCAGAAAAAAAAGCAAACAAAAAAAAAAAAAACAGUCGAACAGGCAGAGACGGCAAGGUAUAUCUCAGCUAUUGUCACUGAAAUAUAAUGUUUUUAUCAACGAAGCCGACACUAUCCGUUCUGUGGAUUUAACGUGACACCUACAAGCAUUAUAAUCUUCUUUCCAUUCAGGCGUCCAUGCCGUCCUGUGUUGGAUAUGCCAGGAGUUUCCUGAUCCGGCUGGUCACUGUGUAGGCCUCCAGCUGCCCCUUGGCUGAAGAGACGUGUAAGGCACUUCCUCCUUUGAGGGUCUCUCAUACUGGGAUGCCAGGUCCUUUGGGAUGGGGAUUUUGGGGAAGAUGAGCCUCAUCAGGUCAUCUACAGUCUUAAGUGAGAUUGUUCCAAGCGACUCUCUGGGUCUGCCAAACGAAGCCGCCAUGUCAGUGACUGUUCAUGAAAAUCGCAAAUCCCGAACUAGCACAGGCUCCAUGAACAUCUCACUGUUCCACAAGCCUUCACAUCCUGACAGUGUCCUGACCCACCUGAACACAUUGAGAAAACAGUGCAUGUUUACUGAUGUCACUCUGUGGGCAGGGGAUCGCUCCUUCCCAUGCCACAGGGCUGUCUUGGCAGCGUGCAGUUGUUAUUUUGAGGCCAUGUUCAGUGGAGGGCUACGAGAAAGUCUGGACAGUGAUGUCAAUUUCAGAGACAGUAUACACCCUGAGGUCUUGGAGCUCCUGCUGGACUUUGCCUAUUCUUCACGCAUCAUCAUAAACGAGGAGAACGCAGAGUCAUUGUUAGAGGCGGGUGACAUGUUGCAGUUUCAUGACAUUCGGGACGCAGCAGCAGAGUUUUUAGAAAAAAACCUGCACUCAUCAAACUGCCUGGGGAUGAUGCUGUUAUCAGACGCUCAUCAGUGUAAAAGACUGUACGAACUGUCAUGGAGGAUGUGUCUGCUACACUACGAGACGGUCAGAGAAUCAGAAGAUUUCUAUAGCCUGUCUAAAGAUAAAUUGCUGGAGCUGAUUCUCAGCGAUGAGCUCGAAAUAGAAGAUGAACAGGUUGUGUUUAACUCUGUACUGCGGUGGGUCAGAUAUGACUUGGAGGGUCGGCGUCACCAUUUACCAGACCUACUGAGGGGAAUCAGGUUGGCACUUCUGCCGUCUGAGUGUCUGCUCGAGGCUGUAGCCUGUGAGGAGCUGGUUAUGGCUGACAAGAGGAGCAGGUCAAUAGUAGAAGAGGCAAUGCAGUGUAAAAAGAAAAUCCUUCAGAAUGACGGAAUAGUGACUAGUCCAUGCGCUCGACCACGCAAGGCAGGACACACACUGCUUAUCCUGGGAGGCCAGACCUUCAUGUGUGACAAGAUAUACCAGGUUGACCAUAAAGCCAAGGAAAUCAUACCUAAAGCAGACCUCCCCAGCCCCAGGAAAGAGUUCAGCGCAUGUGCCAUUGGCUGUAAGGUUUAUGUCACAGGAGGAAGAGGAUCAGAGAACGGAGUCUCUAAAGAUGUCUGGAUCUAUGACACUGUCCAUGAAGAGUGGUCUAAAGGAGCACCCAUGCUAAUAGCCAGGUUUGGCCACGGUUCAGCUGAGUUGGAGAAUAGCCUCUAUGUUGUUGGAGGUCAUACAGCUAUAGCGGGAGUUUUCCCUGCGUCUCCAUCUGUCUCCCUGAAACAGGUUGAGCGGUAUGACCCUCCCAGUAAUAAAUGGACUAUGAUGGCUCCCCUAAGAGAUGGAGUCAGUAAUGCAGCCGUGGUCAGUGCCAAACUCAAACUCUUUGUUUUUGGAGGGACCACCAUACAUAGAGACAAGGCCUCCAAGGUCCAAUGCUAUGACCCUGUGGGGAACCGCUGGAAUAUUGCAGCUGAGUGCCCCCAGCCUUGGCGCUACACAGCGGCUGCUGUCUUAGGGAGCCAGAUCUUCAUUAUGGGUGGUGACACUGAAUUCACUGCUGCCUCUGCUUAUCGCUUUGACUGUGAAACCAAUCAGUGGACUCGGGUGGGCGACAUGACGUCCAAACGGAUGAGUUGCCAUGCCGUGGCCUCAGGAAAUAAACUGUAUGUGGUUGGAGGUUAUUUUGGGACGCAGAGGUGUAAAACAUUGGACUGUUAUGACCCCACAUCAGAUAGUUGGAGCUCCAUCACUACUGUGCCUUAUUCACUGAUCCCCACUGCCUUUGUCAGCACAUGGAAGCACCUACCUGCCUAAACUGGGAGACACCAGGAGCCUGUAAUUCCAGGUGUCAAUGUCCACUGAGAAAGGACUCAGACUGGAGGAGAACUUCGGAGACUCCACUCUGUACUCAGCAGCUGGCUUAGGCUGUAGCUCCACACAGGGUCCUGUGGAAUUCUUGAAUUCUUAAAAAAACAAGUUGCACCUAAGUCCUUAGAGGUGUGGUUAACAAGCAGACAGUACAGCAGACAGGUCUUAACACACAAAGAGAGAAUUACUCUGCAUAUGACGCUUCCUAAAUAAUGUGAUACUCCUAUAUCUGGCACUUUGAUGAAUCUGACCGCUGGAUAUCCACUUUUUUGACUGAAGGAGUCACUGAUUGACUCAUACAAAACUAUAAGUGUUUUUUUUUUGUUUUGUUUUUGUUUUUUGUUUUGUUUGGUUUUGUUUUUUCUUGGGGGGUCAUGGUGGUGGUUUCCCUUAAAGAUUCACAACAUAAAGUUAGCCUUUAUUCAAAUGAUAUAUUAUUUUUACAAGACUCCUGUGUGUCAUCACAAGAAACGUUCAGUCUCAUUUGCAGAAUCUCCAUGAUCUCAAACUAUACAAGAACUAGUAUAAACAAAAGUCAGACUUACCUUUCUUUAGAUUUACAGUGUACAACAAGAGAAUUUUUGGCUUCUCAGCAUUUGCUUGGAAACAUUUUUAAAUUUGGGAUGUGUAAAUUAACUAUUUUUAAUUGAAUACUGAAUGUUAUUUAUAGUUCCAGGUUUUAUUUGUCUGGUGUUGCCAUUGCAUAGCUCUGCUGUCACAACAGAAAUGUACAAAAAAAUAUAUUGUUGACAGAAUAACAGCUGUAUACACUGAUCACCCAAAACAUUCCAACCACUAACAGCUGAUGUGAGUAACAUUGAUCAUCUUGUUACAAUCCAAUGUUCUGCUGGUAAACCUUUGGUCCUGGUAUUCAUGUGGAUGCUACUCGACAUGCUUCACCUACCCAAACACAGUUGCAGACUAAGUACACCCCCUAACGUUACUCCCUGGAGGUGGGGGUGGUUCUUAGUCAGCAGUGGUGUUCAGGUGGGGGUAGCACGUCAAGUGGCAUCCACAUAAAUGCCUGGCCAAAUGGUUUCCCUGCAGAACAUUAUUGUAACAAGAUGAUCAAUGUUAUUCUUAUUACCUGUCAGUAUUUUUUAUGUGUGUAUAGAGCUUGAAAAACACAGUAAUGAAAAAGAUGUGAUCGUGUUAAACCUAAACAUGAAUACAAAUGUGUGCUGAUUGAGUUACUUUGACCAAAAGGUGAUUCAUUACAAAUACUCCUUACUCUGCUCACUUUAUGGGGUGUGUGAAUUGACUUUCUAAAGUCAAAACAGUUCAGUUCAGUUCAGUUCAGUUCAGAAAACUUUAUUUAUCCCAUGUGGGCAAUUCAGUUUACAGCUCCCAGUUCAAUAAAUAAAAGCACAAACAAAUACAACAGUCAUUCAUUAGACAUACAACUUUUAUCACUCAACUCUCAAUUGUCAGUGGAUCAGUUGAACUAAUGGUUUCCCAGCAGUGAUACCUUGUACAUGUGCAAAUAUGCGUACAUAAGUAUUCGAUCAAUAAAAAAGAAUGAAUAAAUGGGAUAGAGAGUAAAUAAAUAAAGUAACAAAGCACAAACCUACUCAUUAAAAUUGGCAUUCAUCAGCCUGAUAACUGAAGGGAUAAAAGAGUUUGAGUAGCGAUUUGUCUUCCUCGGGGGUGCAUAGUAGCACCGCCCUGAGAGCAUUAAAUUAAAUCUACUGGGCAGUCCUUAAACUGGCCAUUGUUGUGUGGUUCAGAGUGACAUGACAUGAGCAGCAUGUCAGACGGACUGUCAUUCAUUUAUUCACUGCUUAGUACAGGAAAUUCUGUAGAGCAAAAUAUGUAGUGUUAGGUCAAUGGAGUCCACUAAACUAAACAUUCAGACAACGCUACAAGACAGCAAACACACUAUGUAGUAGGGCUGCCCUAUAUCAGGAAAACAUGCAAUAUGCAAUUACAUCGUUGAAUAUUGCAAUGACAAUAUGACUCACAACAAAUAAACAGAUUUCAAAUAUGUCUUUCUGCUUUAGGUUGGAGCGGCUAAUAUCAAUCUCAGACAAUGAAUAGUCAGUGCACACUGAAUAAAAAAAAAUAAAAUGCAGUGAUAUUGAUAGAUUUCAAUGUUGUGAAUGGGUUCCCAAUAAAAUUUGUGUUUUUAUACAAACUGUAGUGUUAAACUGGAGUUUGAUGUUGAAGUUGAAUAAAAUCCCAAAUAUAAUAACUUUAUGUAAAUAAACACAGACUGUAUAUGUAUCUGUAUAUACAGUCUAUGAGCAAAACAUUAUACAAAUGUCACAUAAUGAGCUAAGAGCACCAAAAUCAUCUACCCAGUAUAAGGCGUAUAACGUGAGUUUCUAUGUUUUCUUUUCACUUACUGAGACGUUGAACAAAACCGUAAACUACAACAGAAUUGGUCUUGCACGAGAUGUAAGAUUUAUACAGUAUGAAAAUGGUAGCCGCCACUGAAAAUCUUUUUUUCAACAGCAUGUGCUCCCUGGAAUGUAAAACAUCAUCGGGUCAUCAUCAAUAUUAGUCAAUACAAUAUUGAUAAGUAGCACAACCACAUUAUCAUAAUGUAGCAUUAUCAGGGAAAAACUAGCAUCCCCUGGACGGUAAAAUAACAUCGUCACUGACAUGGGUGAUUACGGGAUUUGCUGUCACAGCAGACAUAGGAUAACAGGAAUGUCUGUAGUAAUAUCCUACAUAUCCGUGAAUUUGGGUGUAUUUUAUGAACCUUAAAAUACACGGUUAUUAUCUAGCAGUGGUCCCGGGAACCUCUGUGCUGCUUCGCUGUCAUUACAAGGAAACCACGGUGCACCGAGCCUCAGAGAGCCGGGGAUGACAGGUGAGCAGGUAGACAGUUGUCAGAUUUGUGCAGAGCAAAAGAACAAAUGCACUGACACAUCAUGGACAGUAUGAUGAUAACAUCCAAAACACAAGUGACAUGAGAAAUACUUUCAAAUCUAGUAAAGUCACCCAAUGCCACUGUUUCAACACAACAUACAGCAUGUGAAUAUAUGGCAUGUGUAAAUCUACUGUUAAUUACAAUACCUUUAUCGGGUUUAUUGAUAAUCACGAUGAAGGAAAACUUUAAUAAUAUUGUGCAGCCCUACUAUGUAUUAGGCCACAAGUGAACAUUUCUGAUCAACAGUGAUGUUAAACAUGUCAGCUGUUUGUCAGACUGUAGGCAAGCAAACAUUUUGAAAACACGAACUCAGCACAUUUCAGAGAAAUUAAAAAAAUGAACAUGUCCUCAAUACUGAUAAAAGUCUUAACCUGAAGGAUGCAUUAAAUAGAAGACAGCUUGUUUGUCCUGUCACACCUGUAAAAAUGAGUAAUACUGAAAGUGUGACUGAAGAACAAAUGUUUGCUCUUUCAUUUAAAUUGAACUCAAAUGACCAAAGUUUGCUCUGGGUCAGUUGGAUCUCAUGCCCUAAGUCAGUGUUUGACUCUGUCAGCUAAAGUGCCAAUACAGAAACCACAUUGUAUUUAAUCAAGAGUAUGAUGAAUCCUACUUAAAACCAUAGUGUUCAUAUAGUCUUUUCACUUAAUGUCUUUCUUUUGAGUGAUGAUGCUGCAUUCAGUACAGGGCCAAAUAACUCUCUUGUGAGGACACGAUAACAGAUGUCCGUGCCCAAAAACCUUUUAAAUGACAGACAAUUACUUAUGCCUUUACCGAGGGUCAGAGAGACCUUUGCUGAGCUCCAAAACAUUUUCCAGUCAUUUCUUUAAAUGCUUUUAUGUCCCAAAAUGAUGUAAAAGUACAGGAAACACAUUUGUUAGCAUGAUCUAUUGAUUUAAUUAAAAUGCACAUUUGACUGUCUGACAUCUCAAUUUGCACAUGUACUCCUUUGUAUUUCCAGUAGCAUGUUUCAGUGUUGAAGGAACAUGUGGGAGUAAAAUAGCAACACUAGAGUUGUGGCACUGGGAUGUUGGUGACACAUCAGUUAUACGGAACAUCUUUGAUUUCAGACAUCAAACUAUUUCUGUUUUUAGUAGGACACAUAUGAGAAGCACACAACAGCCUCAUGUACAGUGUCCUACAGACACCACCCCUAUCCCAUAAGCUGUUUCAAUAUACUGAGCAAAAAAUUAAAAGUAACAGUUUUCCUUUUGUUCCCAUUUUUUCACAGGUUUAAGUUAAAGAUCAAAGACUUUUUCAUGUGCUCAGUGGAUAUAUUUCUCUCAAAUUUUGUUCAUAAAUUUGUUAAAAUCAAUGUAAGUGAGCACUUUUCCUUUUCUAAAAUAAUCAAUCCACCUGACAGUUAUGUCAUAUCAAGAUACUGAUUAAACAGCAUCAUUAGUACACAGGUGUGCCUCAGGAUGGUCACAAUAAAAGGACGCUCAAAAAUGUACAGUUUGAUCACACAACAUGAUGCCACAAAUGCCACAAGUUUUGAUGGAGCGUGCCAUUGGCACACUGACUGCAGGAAUGUCCACCAGAGCUGUUGCCUGCGAACUGAAUGUUCAUUUCACUGCCACAAGUUGUCUCCAAUGAUGUUUCCCUAAAUGUGGCAGUACAUCCAUCCAACCAGCCAUGCAAUUGCACAGGUUAGUUACAAUAUCAAACUGCUGUCAGGUCAAGACCCUGGUGAGGAUGAUGAGCAUGCAGAUGGGCUUCCCUGAGAUGGUUUUUGAUGGUUUGUGCAGACAUUCUUCAGUUGUGCAAACAAAUUGUUGCUUCAGCUGUUUGGGUGGCUGCUCUCAGAUAAUCUUGCAGGUGAAGACAUAUGGAGGUCUUGAGCUAGUGUGGUUACAUGUGGUCUGUGAGUGUAAGGUUGUGUUUGGAUGAUCAAUUUACUAUCAUAUGCCAUCUCCAAUGCAGUUACCCUGAAUUUGGCAGUACAUCCAAGCAGCUUUACAACCUAAGACACACAAGCUAAGGACCUCCACAUUUAGCAUCUUUACCUGUAAGAUAGUGUGAGAGCAGCCACCUGAACAGCUGAAGCAACAAAUGGUUAACACAACAGAUAAAUUUAGCUCAAACUGUCAGAACCCAUUUCAGGAAAGCUCAUCUGCAUGCUCAUCAUCCUCACCUGGGUCUUGAUCUGACAGCAGUUAGUCAUUGUAACUGACUUGUGUGAUUGUGAGGCUGGUUUGAUGUUCUGCCAAACUCAGGGAAAUGACACUGGAGCUGGUGAAAUGAGCAUAAAGAUUAGGGGCAAAAGUUCUGGUGAACAUUCCUGCAGUCAGCAGGCCAACUGCAGGCUCCAUCAAAACUUGGAACAUCUGUGCCUAUUGUGUUGUGUGAUCAAACUUAGAGUGUCUUUUUUCCCCUGUAACACCUGUGCACUUCUGAUAUUUAUCAAUGCAGUCAUUAGUUGUCAGGUGCAAACUAUUUUCUACAUGCUGGAAAUUACACCAGCUGACAAAACAGACAAAAAAAAUGGCACAAAUAUUCUAGCAGGAUUUUUGCAGGACACAGAUGCAUCAUGGCAGAGAGGCUGGCUGGUGUUGUAAGUCCUGUGCACCCUGUCCAACUGUUAAUAAAGCUGCCAUGAGGAGACUGCAAACUGGUGGACUGUAUAAAUCUCUGACUUUAACUUGCCUCAAGUUAAAUUAGUCUCUGCAGUUGGAUUUCAGGAAGAUGUUCCAAAAUACUUUUAAUCUGUUCUUUAGAGUUUGAAGAAGUGAGAAGGGAUGUGUUUUUGAAAGAACUGAGGAUUUUUUUAAAUGAUUUUGAAAAACUAAAGACAAUUUUGUGAGAAUAAAAAAGUUUGAUAUUGUGUGUUUUUAUUGGUGAAAAUAAACACUUU